AUGAACAAUCGCAUUAAAACCCGUAUGAAAAAAAAGAAGCUCAGUUGGCCUGAAUGCGUACAGCAACUCAAGGAAAUGUUAGAGGAACAAGAAAGAAACAUCAACCGGGCACUAAUAAACGAGGGUCCUUAUAGGAUUCGUCCUGAAUGUCGACGACUGAUAAUACCAGCAGAAAAGUGGCCAGGAAUGUCAAAAGACAAAAAGGAGAGAAAGUUGAAAGAAUUCCAGAAGAUUCCGUUGUCGAAAGCGUUUGGAGUUAGCACCUCCGCUACCAUUUCCUCCAUUUCUUUAAUACUAGAGGCAGCAACAGAAGGAAUGCCUUCUUUCUUCUGGCAAGAAACCAGGGCAGAGUGGAAUACGUGGUGGACGAUGAAGCCUGUCUUCUGCCAGGGACACAACUGGAUUCCGACCAAGAAAAACCGUUACUGA